AUGGAGGUGGAUGGCGAUUGCAAGAAUGCGGUGAUUCGAAAACCUUAUCGGGUGACCUCCGACCAGACGACUCAACAUGCACAGUCGCAACCCCGCCGGCGCUUGCUACUGUCAACCGAUAGCGCAUUCGCCGAUACCGUUCUUCCCUCUCUCGUUCAAAACCCUUUCAUCGAAUUGCGAUUAAUCACCGACGAACCUUCCGCUUUACUCACGGGAACGAACAAGAUCCCGCACUACAUGGACACGGUUGACAGUCAAACGUUUGAUAAGAAAACCGGGGCACGGAAGUGGCUCAAGGCAAAGACGGCAGAGCUGUGCGAAUGGGCCGACAUGCUUUUAAUUGCGCCUAUCGACGCAGGAACUCUUGGGGCGAUGCUGGCAGGCCUGACGAACACAUUGACUCUAGCGCUGCUUCGUGGAUGGGUCUCGAAGAAGCCUGUGAUUCUUAUUCCAGGAAUGACAGUAUCGGAAUGGGAUCACCCGCUGAGCACCCGACAACUCGACGAGAUUGGCCGGUUUUGGCCUUGGAUUCGGAUUGUCAAGCCCGUGCUUUGGAAGUCAAAUGGCCCCGAGGAGCUGACAAUUCUGCCAUGGGAUGGCCUGAAAGAGCUACACGAGGCUCUGGAAAAUACGUUACUAUUGCCGCCAUGGGAAGCUUCUUUGUUGACUGGGGCAGGUCCCCAAGGCUCCGCAGCCUCAACUAAACCCAUAUCCAAAUCCAGAUACCCAACUCCAGCGUCUGGCAGUGCUGCCCGUUCUUCAACGCAAAUGAAACCCGCAGACAGUGCCGAUUUUUUACCCCUUGAGAUUUGGCUCGAGAUCUUCGAACACCAACUCGGAGACUGGGAAACAGCGAAAGCAGUGGGAAUCCCCGUGAAUCUCCCCGUCCCUCAAGAAUGGCAGAGCCAUCUACCGAAAAUGUCUACGCCAGCUACACUCGAAUAUACCAUCCUUCGAGGAUCCUUUGCUGCCAUCAAAAAGCUCAUUGACGCCCUACCUCGUUGGAAACCCCUUUCUGACCUUUCCUGCCAUCUCAUCGUCAAAUUCUCACGAACCGAUAUCUUGUCAUAUCUCACCGAAAACCACCUGGACCUUCUUUGGACAACCUCCAGACUCACAAAUAUUCCCUACCGCGCAUCUGCAAUCUACGGCAACCCUAACGUUCUGACUUGGUGGCGCGAUGCUCCUGCCCUGCCCAACAAAGAGUACAAGACAGACGCUAUGGACGGUGCAUCCCGAGCGGGAUUCAUCGACGUGCUAGACUGGUGGCUACAUUCUGGUCUUCCCCUACGAUACAGCGAGCGAGCACUCGAAGCAGCCAGUGCAGAAGGCCGAGUCGCUGUGCUCGACUGGUGGAAACAAGCCUCUGCCAAUGCCCCAUUGAACAACCCCUUGCCCCUUAAGGUAGGCAAGUCUGUUCUUUUGGCCGCCCAAUCGGGCCGCACCGCUUCCCUUGCUUGGUGGGAUGCUUCAGGGAUCCCGUAUAGUCAUGCCGAGAACGUGGCCCGCAUCGCGAGCACGCAUGGCCACGUACAUGUGCUUGAAUUCUGGUACAAACUCAAAGGCCCCAAAAUGAUCUUUGAUAACCAGGUUCUGGUUGGCCCAACAAAGAACGGCCACGACCAGGUCUUGCAGUGGUGGAAAACCUGCGGCAUGCGGGUUGAGUUCAAGACCUGUGAUAUCGAGGAAGCGCUUGAAGACGCUGAUCCGUCUUCUGGCGCUGAAGGUCGUGUUCGGCGAUGGUGGGAACGGAAUGGGCUGAACCUUGGAGUUGGCACGAGCGAGUGGAUGAGACCCAAAAUUCUAUAA